CAGUCCGGAGGUCUGCGUAGGCUGCGUGGGCGCAGUCCUCCCGCGAGGGAGAGGGUGCGCGCGCAGCACCUUCCGCCCAAACGGAAGUUUUCGCGGGGCAACUGAGAAGGCCACAGUUAAGAUGGAGUUUCCAGCCCAGUGAGUCUGAGGGCCAGACCGUGACCCCAUAAAGCAUGAUCUCCUGUCCAGACUGUGGCAAAGAUGUUGAAGCAACUUUCAAAUUCUGCCCCUACUGCGGAAAACCUUUGCCUACAGGGGAGCACGAGGGGUCCCAGACCUUUGUCAAGCCGUCUGUGUCAUCCUCCCAAGGCUCGAGGAGAAGGAGGAACACCCGUUCUGAAAUAUCUCCCAAGAAAGUGAGGUGGCCCAGCUGUGCUUUCUCUCCCCCAUCAUCCCUUCUCUCAGAAGGUGACAGUUCUGAAUCUGAAGAUACCUUGAGUAGCUGUGAGAAAGCCAAAGGGUGCUGGAGCAGAUCCCCAACCUCCCCGAGCAGCCCUCGGACAACCAGGCAGAGCCCUCAGGCCCUGAAGCGGAGCCGGGUGACCACCUCGCUCAAGGCUUUGCCAGCGGGGACGGUGCUGAUAGACAAGAGUGGGCGGCACUGGAAGCUGAGAUGCCUCCAGAGCAGGGAUGGCCAGGGCAUUCUCUAUGAAGCUGAGCCCAACUCCACCUUUGCCUGCGAGUCAAGUCCCCAGAAACAAAGAUUCUCACUUAAACUAGAUGCCAAGGAUGGGCGCUUGUUCAAUGAGCAGAACUUCUUCCAGCGGGCUGCCAAGCCUUUGCAAGUGAACAAGUGGAAAAAGCUGAACUCGACCCCCCAGCUGGCCAUCCCCACCUGCAUCGGUUUUGGCGUUCACCAGAACAAGUACAGGUUCUUGGUGUUCCCCAUCCUGGGGAGGAGCCUUCAGUCGAUCCUGGAUGACUGCCCAAAGCAUGUGAUGUCAGUGACGUCUGUGUUCCAGAUGGCCUGCCGGCUGCUGGAUGCCCUGGUGUUCCUCCAUGAGAAUGAGUAUGUUCAUGGCAACGUGACAGCUGAGAAUAUCUUUGUGAAUCCAGAGGACUUGAGCCAGGUGACCCUGGCAGGCUACGGCUUCACCUUCCGCUAUUCGCCAGGCGGCAGACACGUGGCGUACGCCGAAGGCAGCAGGAGCCCCCAUGAGGGGGACCUUGAGUUCAUUAGCAUGGACCUGCACAAGGGAUGUGGGCCCUCCCGCCGCAGUGACCUCCAGACCCUGGGCUACUGUCUGCUGAAGUGGCUCUAUGGGACCCUGCCAUGGACGAACUGCCUUCCCAGCGCCGAGGAUACCAUGAAGCUGAAACAGAAGUUUCUUGACAACCCAGAAGGCCUCGUGGGACAGUGCAGUCGCUGGACCAAUACCUCAGAGACCCUGCAGAGGUACCUGAAGGUGGUGAUGGCCCUCAAGUACGAGGAGAAGCCGCCCUACACCACCCUGAGGAACAAUCUGGAAGCCCUGCUGCAGGAUCUGCGGGUGUCGGCCUACGACCCCUUGGACCUCCAGGUGGUACCCUAGGUGCGUUCCAGUGGGAAGAGUUUGUGAGGCUUAACCCUCUCCCCAGCUCCCACCGCUGUUUCCACCGAAGCCAUUUGAUGUUUAUACUCCAGGGGCCAACUUCCCAGUGAGCUGCUGCCUUUUUCCACAGGAUUCUUGAACCUUCCAGCCCCUGGGCAUCACAAGUAGCACAAGUAGCAGGAACUCGACUCAAACUGGCUUUAAGGAAAAGGGCAAUUGAUUGGCCCUUGUCACUAGAAUAUUCCGAGGGGGAAGCUUUAGGUGUGACUGGAUUUGGGAUCUGGAAGUUAGCACCGAGAUGUUGUCAGUCUCUCUCUGUCUUUCUCUGUCCCUUCCCAUCCCCCCGUCCCUCUACGCAUCCACCUGCAGUCUCUGCUUUCCUUUGGGUCACCCCCGCCAGACCCCAUCUCUCCCCCGCAAAACCCCUGGCUCUG